AUGUGGAAGUCCCCUGAGGCAGCCUCCUCGGAGGAGCAGAAGGAAAUAGGAGGUAGAAUAACUAGUGUAGAGAAAGCUGAAGAAGCAAAAUUAAAAACAAGGUGUCCUCAUCUGGGACAAAAGCCUGGAGGUUCAGAUUUCUUAAGGAAACAAUUGCAGAAAGGGAAAAAAUAUUUUGAUUCUGGGGAUUAUAACAUGGCUAAAGCAGAAAUGAAGAACAAGCAACUUCCUACUGCAGUUCUAGAUAAGACAGAAGUCACUGGUGACUACAUUCCCACUCCACAGGACCUUCCUCAGCAGAAACCGUCUCUUGUUGCUAGCAAGCUGGCUGGCUGA